AUGCCUACAAAAAUUAAAAUCCCCAACAUCUACAUCAUCGGCCCUCAAUCCACAGGCAAAACUACCCUGGUCCACAAGCUACAGGAUGACUUGCAGCACUGGCCCAAGCCUAAACAACCACACAUCAUCUCCGAAGUAGCCAGAAAUGUUCUUACAAAGCACAACUACUCAGCUCAUGACAUCCAAACAUCACCAACAAGAUGUCUUGAAUUACAGCAACUCAUCCUAGAAGCCCAAGCUGUCGCUGAGAAAGAGGCUGCACAGACCUCCUCGUGGUUCAUCUCUGAUCGAUCCGGUAUUGAUCCGUUAGUCUAUGCUAAACGAUACGCCUCACUCCAAGGGAUGCAAAAUUUGCAACAGCUACCUGCGUGGGUGGAAAUCGAAGAAAGAAUGGAAGACUCUUUGAUUGUGGUCUGCGAGGCGGGAACACCUUGGUUGACGGAUGAUGGGGUGCGGUUGAUGCCGGGGAGCAACGACGAGUGGAUGGCAGUGUUUCACGACUUUUGCGCCUUACUGGAUCAGCUCGGUCUUGAGUAUUCUGUCGUUCCUCGAACCAUGCUGGACUUGUCAGAACGAGCAAAGUUUAUCUACACGAAAUGGACUGAAAAAUGUCAAUUACAGGAAACAGUCACUGAAGGCAAUAAGAUUUAA